GCCCACACGUGUGGCAUUUAUCGACGUUAAAAAAAUAUAUCGAAAAGAAACCUAACAGAAACAUCACGCAUCCGGCCAUGGAUUUCUCCACGUCCACGGACGUGUUGGCGGAUGUCCUGCAGCGGCUCCCACCUUGCGCCCGGCGCCGUGCCCGCCUCGUCUGCAAGCUCUGGCGCGAGACCGUCGACGAACGCACCACGGAGAUGCAGAGCCGGGCCAAGGUCCUCCUCUGGAACACCCGCACCGCCGUCGCCUACGUCGUCGUCGAUGACAUCUCGUCGUCGCCCACGGGGCGCUGCAGGGAGCUGUGGAGCGGCGGUAGCCCCCCCAUGUAUUCCCAAUGGGAUGCCGACCUGCAGCUAGUCGGCACGUGCAACGGCCUGCUCUGCAUCUGCGACAACGGCGGGAGCACCGGCGGCGAGGUCGCGCUGGUAAACCCGGUGACCUGCGAGAUGCUGACCCUCCCGCCGCUGCCGUGCGGCGACCAGCUCGGCGACCGACGCUCCUGCAGGUGGGACAAGGCGUACAGCUUCGCCUACCACCCGACGUCCGGGCGGUACAAGGUGGUGCACGUCCCCUGCAUCUUUGAGAGGGCCUACGACUUCGACGCCGUGCAGGUGCUCACGGUCGAGAAAGAGGCGACGUGGCGGGAGGUGCUGACCCCCGGCGGCGCGAGGUGCAACCUCAAAGCCGGCGUCGUCAGCGUCGACGGCACGACGUACUGGGUCACGAAGGGCGGCGCGGCUAGGGUGGUGUCUUUAAGCCUCGACGACGACGAGCGCGUCGCCGGCUUCGCGGGCUUCGCCUUGCCGUCGCCUGCUCUUUCCGCCGGCCCCGAUAACUACCACCUGCCGGAGGUGCGCGGGCGGCUGGGCGUCGUCGUCCACGAUCCCUUCGGGGGCACGACCGGGGUGUGGGUUCGAGGGGAGAAGGGGAGGUGGACUCGCCGGUGCGGCCUCUGGUCGCAAGACCCCACGCGGCCGCACUUCGUGCACGGCGAGCACGUCACCACGUUCCAAGGGUCGUCGUUGCGCGGCCACCGGCGGAAAGGCGCGCGGCUAUUGUCGUCCCCAUGCGACGUUACGGUCAGCGACAAGGACCAGGGGACGCUGCUCGCCAAGGUCAAGGGCGGGGCUCGCCACUACUGGACGUUCGCCUACGUCGAGACGACGGAGCCAUUGGGUGCUUAUGGUGGCAAACCCCCAUCCAUGGCUUCUGCGACGGCGCUCCAAGGUGAGGGCUACCUCGAACGCCAGUUAGGUGGUCUGCAAGCUCCGUGGGCUGUGUUCGUUCUGCUAUUCGACUUCUUUGUUCUGCUGCUCGCCUUCUUCAUCGCGUGUCUUCAGAAAUAACAUCCCUUGGCCUUGACACCCGAUAUAGAAUCCUUGGUGCCCACGGGUGCCAAAC